ACAACCACCGCGUCUCCAACCACAACUACAGUGGCUCCAACCACGACCACAGCUUCUCCAACCACAACAACAAAUGCUCCAACAACAACCACAGCAGCUGCAACUACAACCACAGCUGCUCCAAGUACAACAACAGCAGCUCCAACCACAACCACAACUUCUCCAACUGCAACUACAGUUGCUGCAACCACAACAGCUGCUCCAACCACAACAGCUGCUCCAACUACAACAACAGUUGCUCCAACCACAACCACAGCUUCCCCAACCACAACAACAGCUGCUUCAACAACAACUACAGCUGCUCCAACCACAACACCAGCAGCUACAACCACAACAACAGCAGCUCCAACCACAACCACAGCUUCUCCAACCACAACUACAUCUGCUCCAACCACAACCACAGCAGCUCCAACCACAACCACAGCUGCUCCAACCACAACUACAGCAGCUCCAACCACAACCACAGCUGCUCCAAUCACAACUACAGCUGCUCCAACUACCACCACAGCUUCUCCAACAACAACAACAGCUGCUCCAACCACAACAACAGCUGCUCCAACCACAACAAUAUCUGCUACAACUACAACCACCGCAUUUGGCAGACUCAUCAACAUCAGCAUUUCAAACACGUUCUGGACAUAUAAGGAAUAG